AUGGAAACCCAAGACGGAACCAUCGGCAAUAGAGACGGUGACUCGACAAUCCGAUUUAGCAACCACGUGAUCACUUUGACCCGACCCGCUAACUCCAUCUUCGACUCUAUCUCCAUUGUUGGUCCGACCCGAUUCCCAUACCCGAAACCCGGAUUCGCAUAUCCAUCUCCUAGCGUUGGCCCCGUCCCUCCUCCGCCGAAUGGCGUACCCGGAAAUCCCGGCGGACCUCCGAUUCCAGGAAACCCCGGUGGACCCAUGCUUCUCGGGUUACCUGGAAAAACCGGUGGAUUUGGGUUUCUCGGAAUCACCGGAGCACCUGGAUUUCUCGGUGGAUUUAUUGGAAAUUCCGGCGAGCCUGGAUUUCUCGGUAUAAUCGGAGCUCCUGGGUUUCCUGGAAACUCCGGCGAGCCUGGAUUUCUCGGGAAACUCGGAGGACCCGGAUUCCCAGAAAAAUCCGGUGAACCUGGAUUUCCCGGUAAAUCCGGCGAUUCUGGAUAUCCUGGAAAAUACGGUGAAUCUGGGUUUCUUGGAGUUACAGUGAAAUCCGGUGGACCGGGAAUAAUCGGAGAGUCUGGAAUAACGGCGGCAGAGACGGUGGAGAUAGCGGAGGAGGAAGGAGGAGAAAUAGGGAAAGAAUGA